UCUUGUGUGAUUGUGCCCUCAAGUCCUGAAUAUCUUGCCAUACCAAGGGAAAUCUACUCCUCUAGCUGAUCGGACCUGGGUGAAGGAUCUCGGAUUUGGUGGCGCAACAGUACUCACUCUACUGCAAGGUUAUCUAAACAAGGCUCAUCGUGUCGUUUUGGACAAUUGGUUUCUGGGACCGAAAUUAGCCAAAAUAAUGCUCGCCGAAAAGACUUAUGUGCUGGGCACAGUACAGCGACGUCGGAAAGGGAUGCCGAAGAUGAGGGGGAAACUGGCCAAAGGACGUGUUGAAACCUAUUGUGAUGAUGAAAUUUUGAUUGAACGCUGGAGUGACAGGAGGGAGGUAUGCAUGUUGAACACUUUUGUCCCCCAUUCCAUGCGCAUUGCAGAGUCGUCCAAUCCGAGGAACACCAGGGAGAAACCAGCAACGAUGCUACUUUACAACUCAAUCAUGGGAGCUGUCGACAAUGUUGACAAGAGUAUCAAGCCCUAUCAGUCCGUUCGGAAAUCGUACAAAUGGUAUAAGAAAGUGGUGUUUAAUAUGAUCGAUGUAGCUACCUACAACAGUAUGAUACUGUACAACCACUUGCAUGCUGACCAGAGAGCUGUACCCUACAAAGAUUUUGUCAUGAAGAUAGUCAGAGAAAUUCAAGAAAAAUAUCCAACCCUCAAGAAACCAAUUGGAAGACCUCCAACAGUACCACGAACUGAAAAUCCAGCCUUUCCAGUUCGAUUGAAACCUUGUCACCAUAUUGCUGUCAAACACUUAGAUAAAAAUGGAACGCCAUCGUACUCUGACUGCAUUUAUUGCAAGCACCACGCUGAAUACUCUCCGAAACGCAAGACGACCCCUUUCAGCUGUGAGAUUUGCAAGGUUCGGCUUUGUAUUCAAGGAGGUGACUCUUGUUUCAAGCGGUAUCACACUGAUAAAAAGCUGAAGAAAAUCUCAACCACUCCACAAAAUACGCAGAGUCAGCCCCACACUCAAAUAUCGCAACCACGACUUCCCGAAGACAUUGAUACUCUGGGCCCAAAUGCAGUUCAAUUUAUUUUAAGUCCUAAUCAUGAAAUCGUAGUAUUUGGUGAAGAUGGAAAUCUGCUCACUGGUGCUCAAUUUUCGGACGAAUCAUCUUUGCCACCCAUUUAAAUUAAAUAUUUUUCAUAAUUAUGUUUACUCAUGAAUCGUAGUAGUUUUUCUUAAAUAUCGUUGCAUGUGAUAAUACGAACAUAUUCUGUUGUUUUUUUCUUGAAAAUAAAAUUCGGGUCCGUGUGGUCGGAAAAGAUUCAUCAGCUUGGGUGCGUGAAGACAAUUUACUGACAAUUAUUCGGGCCUGAAGGAUAUUUAAUUGGAAAUUAAUUAGGGACUUAGUGAUACGAUUUUUCUUGACAACAUUUUAUAAAUGGGAUCCUAAAGGUUAAAAGUUUAC